AUGCAAGUGAAUACGUUACGACCUUAUGGUCAGCCCAUCACGACUAAGCUCCCCUAUGAACCCUGGCCCUACGACCAUCGGUACCUUGGGAUGACGGCGAGGGAAGUUAUCAGCAAAUUCAAAGUAGUCUCCUUCCCUCUGAGGAACUUCCCGAAGCCCCUGCUGGACACCACGGUUGAUGAGAUAUAUCAAAAGAGCUCUAAGCUGCACUUCAAGUCGUGCAUCUACGCCAUGCAACUCCUACAGAAGGGGAAGUACGAUAGAGUGCGGACGAUCAGGUCUGAGGACUACUAUAAACCUCCGAAGCGGCCGAGGUUCUUCCAAAGGCUUAAUAGGAUGCGACGGUCGACCAAGCUGGGUAUCAAACGGAAUGGUCUCAAACGUAUCUGUGGCCUCACUGGAAAGACUCGAGACGAGUGA